AUGGUAGACGCGCAACAGUACAUCUCCCCUACUCUGCCGCAGAUAGGGAUCUCCACGGACGCACUGAGCUUGUCGGCCGGUGCUCGGAAAUCGUCGGCCUGCUCCCAUUACUCCUCAGUCUCGUCCUUCGGCAUCCCAACCCAGUGCGACCCUAACCUUCUUACGCCCACCUCCGGAGGCAGCUCGCCUCCGCUGCUCCAGCCGCGCGAGCUCAUGGAGCAGUACCCUCCUCCUCCAGGCAGCCCAGGAUCGCAGGAGCCGACGCCGCCGGGAAGCUCCAGGAUGUACCAGCAGUGGAACAACCACUUUGAAAUGCAUGAGCAGCCGAGCUCGAGCAUGGACGCUCCCGCCAACGCGGCGUCGAGCUUCUACUUGGAUGACGUUCGCCGAACGCCUGGGCCUCCGGAGCCUUACAUGGGAUCGUACGGCGUCUCGGAAUCCGGCACGGAUCCUGUGCAGAUUCACAGCGGCGCGUCACCAUACUACCUCGACGGAAGCCACAUGGGCGGCCACAAGCUCAUGACCAACCACGCGGCCGUCGACGUCGACCUGCACCGAGGUCCUGGCGGCGGUCGUCUCCUCCCCUCGUCCUGCACUCACCUGAGCAGCCAUUCCACGCCGCCUCAGCACAUGUCCCGCGUCAGCACCGAUAGCGUGGGCCCCCGCGGCGAUAACGCCCCGCCUGCCCGCUCACUCAGCGGCUCCCCCGGCCGGAGCAGCGCCGGCGUCGGCAAGGCGAGGAAGUUAAGGGCGUCGAGGCGCCAGACGGGUCUCCCACGACGGCACGAGGAGCUGGAUCCGUCCAGGGAGCACAAGAACUGCCACGGCGAGGAGGUUCCCCCUAGCCUGCACAGUACGUGUCCGGACGAGCUGCGCUGCAUCUUUGAAUCUCGGUGGCGCCAUCGAAAUCAAAGGGGACACGACAUGUGGAACAGCAUCCAGACGGACUUUUUCAACAAGUUUCACAAGGCUCAUGGAAAGGAGAUGCUGCAGAUGAAAUUCAAGCGCGCCCGCUCCAAGUACAUCAAGUGGCUGCCGAAGGAUGAAGAGAUCCUUCACGAGGCCUGGAAGCGAAUGGAGCGCGAGCGGUACCAGACCCUCCUCGACGUCUUCUUCGAGAUGGGCGGCUCCCGGAACAUGCGUCUCAGCGCGAGCGACAUCGAGGUCAAGGUGGUCAACGACCUGAGGCUGGAGGAGCACUUCUACAUGGACGACCCGCACGACUUGGGCAUCCGAAGGCGACGCAGGCUUUCGAAGCUUCGAUCCAACGGCACCCAGCUGGACACGCUCGGCGAGAUGAUGAUGAUUGGCUCUCGAGUUCCGCACAACGAAGAUGCCGUCAUCAACAAGGUGCACGAGCGUCGGGACGGCAUGCGAUGGGGGGUCGACCCUGCGAUGCCGAGCGAGCUGAUGGGCAUGACGUGGGAGAGCCGCGCGCCGAUGAGGCUCGAUCCGCCGCCGCCGCUGGCGAGCAGGCUAGUUCCGAAUGGCGGACUGUCCAACCGCGCCUUUUCCAUAUUGAAAUGA